AUAUUUGGAACAAUGCUCUUUAAAGUCCAGUAUGAAGGAAAGAAACGCUACAUCAAACUCAAUGGAGCCUCAUAUUCCACAUUUUUGAGACAAGAGUCUUCUUGGGACAGUGACAUGGCAGCCCUGUUACUGUUGGUGUACCUCCUGCCUCCACCAACCAUUGGGAAGAAGAGGGGUGUGAAGAUCACUGUUCGAGAAGCUCUGAGCCAUGUUGUCCGGUUUCACAAAUCAUGCCGCAACCUUCAAGAGACCACAACCUCAGUCCAGGGAAGGCAACCCUACAUUUUAGCGGUUGGAACAUCACGUCGCACCAUCAAUGACUACUACAUUGUCGUGGAUAGUCAACUCAUUCCUUGUAAGGCUAAGUCUUCAAUUUCAGCCUUUGACGAACUUUUCAAAGCACAUUAUGUGUUUGGCAUUUCUUACGAUCAGGCCCUGCACAAUAUGUACACAUUUGUACAGACCACCAUUUACAAUAUUGAUGUGGGUCUGUGUCAUGAAAGCCCAAGGGUGAAAGAUCUCAGAGCAAAGCUCCUCAACUGAUUGAACUAAGAUGCUCCGAUGUUUUGUUUGCAAGUGCACUUUUUGCUCUGUCAGAGAUUUGGUUCGACAUCUUAAGUUCUCUCAUGGCUUUUACCCUGGUUUGAAGUUUAAACUGUUAUGUGACCAAGAUGGAUGUUGCCAGAGAUUUUGCACAUUUUCAGGCUUUCGAAAACAUAUU